AUUUUGACGUUUAUAACAUAAUAUAACACCACUUACACCACCAAAACAACCAACACGUUCUAUACUAUAAAUUAAUGUUAAGCAAUGGAAUUAGAAAAACUUGUCGGAACUGAAAUUACUGUUAACACAAAUGCACAACCGAAAACGAUAUCGACAUCGGGAAAAAUACUGAUCGGUUUAACUGGUGGACUGGGAAUUGCAUUUUCUGUAAUCUGUGGUCCGUUUGUCGCACCAGCAUUCCGGAAGUACUGUUUACCGUAUGUACCUGCUACAACUACUCAAUUGGAAAAUAUUUUGUCCGUUUUGAAGAACAGUGACAAAAGUGGAAAGCUUUUAGACAUUGGUUCCGGGGAUGGACGAAUUGUAGUCGCUGCCGCUAGAAAUGGUUUCCGAUCCGAUGGCGUUGAGUUGAAUCCAUGGUUGGUGCAAUAUUCCCGUAUUUCGGCACUGACAAAUGGUGUAUCGAGUAGAACCGGCUUCUAUCGAAAAGAUUUGUGGAAAUUUGAUGUCUCGUCAUACAAGCACAUCGUAAUUUUCGGCGUCGAACAAAUGAUGGCAGAACUAGAAAAGAAGCUCAACGUCGAAAUGAAAAACGAUUCACAAAUAAUCGUCUGUCGAUUUCCUCUACCAAACUUGAAGGCUUCUAGGAUUAUAGGUGGCGGUGUGGACACGGUGUGGGUUUAUAAUAUUAAGAAACCGUUGUAGUUGUACUACCAUUCAAUUAACUAGAAGUACAAGUUGUAUUUUAUUAUCGCAA